GCCAUAUUGAAUCUCAAAAUUUGGACCCAGUUCUGAUUGGUCUAGAGUAUGGUCUACUGCGCAUCUGGUUACUUGUUUCACAUUUCUUAUGUUGCACUCUGUUAUCGUCACUGAUGACACAUGACACGUUCACACGUGUACACAACAUGUCUGCGCUGCGGUGCGAUUAGCGUUAGUUUCCUUCUCCGACCCGGAGAAUUCGGAUGGUUCUUGCCGCAUUUUCUCGCGAGAACAUAGAAAUACUUUGGAAUUAUUUGCUCGGAAGGGCUAUUUAACUUGUGCAAUCAUGUUGAAGGCUGUUAUCUUAAUUGGAGGACCUUUAAAGGGGACUAGAUUUAGACCUCUGUCCUUGGAUAUUCCGAAACCACUAUUUCCAGUGGCUGGAUUACCCAUGAUACAGCAUCACAUUGAAGCCUGCACCAAGGUGCCUGGUCUCAAUGAAGUGCUGAUAAUCGGAGCAUAUCCCAAGAAUGACCUGGCUCAGUUUGUGCAGGAGAUGUCAAGUACUUAUGGCAUAGUCAUUCGAUAUCUGCAGGAGUUUACGCCUCUCGGAACGGCGGGUGGCAUGUACCAUUUCCGCGAUCAGAUUCGCUCAGGCGGCCCUACGUAUUUCUUUGUCAUGAAUGGAGAUGUCUGUGCUGACUUUCCUCUGCAAGAGAUGGUGGAGUUUCAUAGUAGUAAACAAGCGCUGCUCACAAUCAUGGCGACGGAGGCGACUCGGCAGCAGUCGUUGAAUUACGGAUGUAUGGUUCUGGGAAAGGAGGGCGAGGUGGCGCAUUACGUGGAGAAGCCCUCGACGUUCGUCUCGACUCUGAUCAACUGCGGGAUAUAUCUCGCGUCCCUGGAAAUUUUUCAAACGAUGGCAGAUGUAUUUCAUACUAACCAGCAGCAAGAUCACAUAAUGCAGUUGUGUCACAAUGGUAGAGAUCCAGCGCAUAUUGCGUUCGAGCAGGACAUAUUGACACGACUGGCGGGAUCCGGUCGGUUGUUCGCUCUACCUGUGUUCAGAUGGUGGUCUCAGGUAAAAACUGCGGGUUCCGCGAUUUACGCCAAUCGACAUUACCUGGCCCUCUACAAGCAGAAGCAACCGAGUCGUCUUGCUUCUACGAGCAAAAAUUACUGUAUCAUAGGGGACGUGUACAUUCAUCCGUCGGCUUCUGUGCAUCCGACUUCUGUGCUAGGUCCAAAUGUGAGUAUAGGGCCGUAUACGACGCUUGAAGCUGGCGUGAGAAUCAGAGAAUCGAUUGUGCUGGCGAAUGCACACAUACAGGCUCAUUCUCUUAUUCUUCACAGUAUUAUAGGGACAGGUACUAAUGUAGGCGAGUGGGCACGCGUCGAGGGAACUCCGUGCGAUCCCAAUCCUAACAAGCCGUUUGCGAAAAUGGACAAUUUGCCGCUGUUUAAUGUCAACGGCAAGCUGAAUCCUUCUAUCACAAUACUCGGUACCAGUGUGAACUUGGCAGCGGAAAAAGUUUUAUUAAACUCGAUUGUUCUACCGCACAAGGAUCUUACGAGAAAUUACAAGAACGAAAUCAUUCUUUAAUUGGCUAAUGUCUGUUGUAAGCUUAAAACGUAUGUUAACGGUUUAAAUGUUAAUGAAAGAGUAUCGCACAAACGAUAAAACGCGAAGUAUAUGUGACGUAAUUUUUGGAGGCUUUUUGUUGAAUUGUGAUAUUGAGUCUUUAAUAAUUUUAUAUAGUUGUUUACAAUUUUUCAUAUAGGAUAUUAAUAUAAACUUUUGUAAAUUUAUACAUUGCGUAUCACGCGGUAAUUAUAAGUUAUGUACAUAAGGGUAGCGGCAAAGCACAAAAUUUUUACUAUAUAUAUAUAUAUAUAUAUAUACAAGCUUGUACAUAUCAUGUUUGUCUAUAUAUACAUAUAUGAACAUUGUCAGAUACAUGCGAAAAGUAUUGCUGCGUAUUUUCAUAAGUACAUUAAUAAAUCUUCGUCCGUAGAUUUUUCUUCUUAUUAAAAUUUACACGUGCGCAUACCGCGCGGGAUCGUGUGACGGAGCGAAGCCCCCGAACUCGCAUUAGCCCGCGUGGUAUCGAGGCGAUCGGUACGCGAGAGGAAGAAUAACCGGAAAAAAUCUCUGGACGGAGCCGCGUACGGGCCGCCUAAGGUGAGGCUCGCUCCUGCGUUCCUCACCGGCGGCGCCAGGUGUUUACGGCGGUUGUAUGCGGUUGUAUGCGAGCGAGUGGAAGAGAAAGAGAAGAAGGGAUAGUCGAGAAGAGCGAGCGAGCGAGUGAGCGGUGUGUACGCGCGAGACAGCCGCAUUGAAUUGCACUGAAUCAACAGGUAGAUCGGCGGAUCGGUAUGCGUGGGACGACGUCGUACGCGCGUUCUCUCAUCGUGGCGCCGGGAUACAUCGUGGUCCCCCGCGAAAGAUGCUGCGCGCGAACCAGCGCGAGAAAACGAUACGACGACGACGGCGACGAGUCUUAGGGAACGGCAGACGACGACCGGGAACGGCCGAAUAGCGGCAGCGAGAAAGAGGAGGAGGGAGCGACGCUCCAGGUGGAAACGCGCGUUCUCUAAACGUGUGCUCCGCGGCGAAUUCCGCGCAUACCAACGCCGCUGAUACAGCUUCCCCGCGAGCGGCGGUGGUGGUGGCGGCGACGGCUGCGGCGGCGGCGGCGGCGGCAGCGUCCGGAUCGGGAGAGUGAUUUUUGUGAUCGCCGCUCUCGUCAAUGACACGCGCGGAAUGCGCUGAGCGAGCGCGCGAUCCCACGCUGCGCUAUACGCGCCGACAUUGUUGCGCGUCUGCCUCGUUGCGCUGGCCUUUAAAAAUUUAUUUGUGCGCGCGUCCCGACGUCGAUGUGUGAGGUGUCCCGUGGAUUGUGAAUGCGUUUUGAAUGCGGCGCAGGGCAAGUGCGGAUCUCGCGACGUUUCGCGAGAGCGACGUUCAGUUUGACCCCGGCGCAUAACGGACAAAUGAGUCCGCCUGUGACAUCGUACGUCGUGGCUUGUUUAUAGCUGUCUCGUCACGAAAUUCCUAUUGGUAAUUUCUAUUACGCUUCUAACUGACUGUGAAACAAUGCAUAAUUUUCAAUUUUAUACAUGUAAAAUUAUUGAGAGAUAAACAUUAAUUUUUAAUUGUAUAAGAAGAGAAUUUUAUGUGACUUAAAUUGUAUGAUUAGUAUAAUUAUAAGAGAGGAAUAUUAUAUUUACUUUAUAAAAUUUAAAGAAAGAACUUGUGCAAAGAUGAAAUAAAAAUAUAAAAAUAUAUGAACUUUA